AUGUCAGCGAAGGAAUACAAAUACGAAAUACUUGCAAACAAAAAAGACGAAGAAUUGGAGGAUCUUGGAAAAAAUGGUAAACUAUCACUUCGAGACAAACUUUCUACCCCUGAUCAGGAAAUUCAGUCACCCAAAGAGAUCAGUACUUGGAAGAUGGUCCUAAACUUGUUGAACUACAUGGAAGGCGUUGGAUUCCUUGCCAUUCCAUACGCUGUAAGAGAAGGAGGAAUCACUGCUCUCCUUGGGAUCUGCCUUCUACCUUUCAUACUUGGAUAUACAGCAAAUCUCCUCAGCCAAUGCAUAGACGAAAAAGAUGAAACUGGACAAAUCGUGAAAAGAAGAUUAACCUUUGAGGAAAUUGCAAAACAUUCGUGGGCUCCACUGAAAAUUAAGUUCUUUAUAAUGUCGCAGCAGUUUCCUCAAGUCCCCUUCUCAACGUCCCACUGGGCAUGUGUUGCAACAUUAAUAGUUUUGCCAACAGUAUUCCUCAAAGCAUUUUCCCAAAUUGCAUGGCUCAGUUUGUUAAGCCUUGUAGUCUUGAUAGUCGUCAUUGUUCUCAUGUUAGGUUUUGAUACACCGAUCGUCUCAUCUUUUCCAUGUUAG